AUUUCCUCGCAGAGGGAGCUUGGAGAUCGCAACGCCCUGGGUCCCCUCGCAGGCGCCGCACGUUGUCAGACGAGUGGCCGCAUCUCUGAGCAGCAACGCCCUCCUGGGAAACCGCGAGCGUCUGCGGGGCUCUCCUGGUUGCGAUCCAAGACAGCGCGCCCGGCCAGGCAGGCGCGCCGCAAAUGGGCAGCCUCUCCGCCCCUCAGUCUCCUGCUCCGUGAAAUGGGAGCCAAUUCGAGAAGGGCAGGGACUCCGGGAGUCCAGGGGCCGCAGGCACAGGCAGGAUGAGGGGCCUCAGAACCAGAAGGCAGCCCUGAAUCAAGUUUGGCCAUGAGGAUAAAUGAGCAGUGCUGAAGACCCAGCCUGGCUCCAGCUGCUUCAGAAGGACUCCAGCCCCUCAGAGCCCUUCUGCUGCCCCCAGGAUGGGAGCCUGGGUGCUGGCCCGGCCAUGAGGGAAGACUGCCCCUCCCAACAAAAGCCCAGCCCUGCACCCCUCAAGCACAUCCCUGACCGAAGCCCAGGCAUGGCCUCCAGACACAGUGACCCCAGUGGGGCUGGGGAAGGGGCCUCCUGCUCUGAGGGGCCUUCUAGGAGCUUGUCUUACCCUUCUUCUGUCUGCAUCCCUCUCAAAGAGGCAGCCAUCAAGGAGACAGUCGGGGCACAUGAAGCCUCAACCUCAGGGAUGCGAGAAACCACCUUGCCGGAGAAGCCAGACCCUGCAUCCUCAAUGGAAAUUGAUCCCAUGUCCUCAGAGAGCAGAAAUCCCAUGCUUUUGGAGAAAAGGUAUUCCAAGUCCUCAGAUCAGGCUGAUUCCACUUCCACAGACAAGGAAGAUGCUGGGUCAUUGGUGAAGUCAGAUACCAUGCUGACAGGAAAGACAGGGGCUGGGAUCUCUGGAAAAGGGCCUCCUGUGGCUCCUGGAAGGAUAGAUCCCACGACUCCAAGGAAGGGGGAUCCUGGACCCUUAGAAAAAGUAGACCCGGUAUGCUCCAGUGAGGUGGACACAGUGUUACUAAUGAAGGAGGAUCCUGGGUCUUUGACAAAGAUAGACUCUGUAUCUUCCAACAACAUGGAUCUCACAUCUCCUGGAAAGGAGGAGCCCAAGUGUUCUAGGAAAGAGCACCCUGUGUCCUCAGAAAAGGUGGGCAAUGUGUCUCCUGGAAAGGUUGAUCUUUUGUCCUUGGAAGAGAGACAUUCUGGGCCUUCAGGGAAGGUGAAUCCUGUUUCCUUGGAGAGCAUAGGUUCUGUGUCCACAGAAAAGACAGAUCCUGCACUUUUGGAAAAGCUGACUCCAGGCUCAUUAGGGAAGACAGAGCCUAUGUCCUCUGGGACAGCGACUCCUGCAUCCUUGGGAAAGGUGGAUUCUACACAACUGGGGACAAAAGAGCCUGCAUACAUGGACAGUGCAGAAACUGUGUCUUCUGUAAAAGAGGACACUCAGUUCCUGGGAAAGAUGGACCUCGCCUCCUCAGGAGAGGGAGGUCCCAUGAUGAUGGGAAUGACAAAAACAGUGUCCACUGGACAGGUGGAUCCUGUGUUUUCUGGAAAGAUGGAUCCCACAUCUGUGAAAAGUGUAGAUCCUGGGUCCUCAAGCAAGAUGGAUCCAGUUUCCUUGGCAAAGGCAGAUCCCAUGUCCUCAGGAAAUCCAGAGCCCUUGCCUCCUGGACAGGCAGAACAUGUGUCCAUGGGGGAGACAGAAACUGUAUGCUUAGGAAAGGAAGACCCAGUGUCCCCCAGAAAGGUGGGUCCCCCAACCAUGGAGAGCAUAAAACCACCACCUUCCGGGAAACUCAACCCCAAGCCUUCAGAAAAGACAGACUCUGUGUCCUCGGGUCCAGGGGAUCCCAGGUCCCCAGGGUCCGAGGACCCCACAUCAGCAAUAAAAGCUGAGAGGAAAGGAGAUCCACAGUCCUUAGAGAAGGCAGAUCUCCCAGUUUCCAGCACAGUGGAUCCUGAGACCAGGGGACAGGUAGAAACUGUCCCCUCUGGAGACAUGGGCCCUGUGUCUUUAGAAAAGGUGGCCCCCACAACCACAGGAAAAACAGUCCUGGGGAAGAUGGAUCCCAGGAGCUCAGGAAAGAUAGAAGCUGCCCCAGAAGAAAAGGUUGAUGCCAUUUUUCUAGAGAAGGAGAAUCUUGGGAACUCCUCAAAAGGGGAAACCAGAGCUUUGGGGAGAGCGGAGCAGAAGGCUGGGGGCAAAGCAGACACAAAGCUCUCUGGGCACGAAAGUGCCUCAUCUUCAGAAAAAGCAGAGAUACCGUCUCUGCAGAAGGCGCAGCCACAGGCCUCUAAGAAAGUGGAUCCUGUGCCCCCCGGAAAAGCAGAGCUCCUUGGGUCUGGGAAGGUGGAGCCUGUGUCCCAGGGGAAGGCUGACUCCGUAUCUCCGAGGAAAGCAGAGUCCCUGUCCUCAGGAAAGGUGGUCCCUCCAUCCCCAGAAAAGGCGAUGCCCUCCUCUUCCAGGCAAUCAGAUAGCAAACCCUGCGGCUCAGCCCUGUUUCCUGGGGCUGGCGGGAGCAGUCAUGUGGAGCCAGAGCCUGUCCCCAGCACCGAUGCUUCCAGCCUCGGCAAGAAAGAUCUGGCGGCCGAGAGAAGCCCUAGAGCAGAGGCCGCAGCGCCCCCACAGGGGCCACGGACUCGGGACAACUUUACCAAGGCGCCAUCGUGGGACGCGAGCGCUCCGCCGCCGCGCGAGGACGCGGGGACACAGGCGGGCGCACAGGCCUGCGUGUCAGUGGCCGUGAGCCCCAUGUCUCCGCAGGACGGCGCGGGUGGCCCGGCCUUCAGUUUCCAGGCGGCACCACGCGCACCCAGCCCUGCGCCCAGGCCGCCCUCGCGCCGGGACGCAGGCCUGCAGGUGUCUCUGGGCGCUGCCGAGACGCGCUCGGUGGCCACCGGGCCCAUGACGCCCCAGUCUGCUGCUCCGCCCACCGCACCCCCUGCUUUCCCCGAAGUGCGGGUGCGGCCGGGUUCGGCGCUGGCAGCAGCCUUGGCACCCCAGGAGGCGGCUGAGCCAGUGCGCGACGUGAGCUGGGACGAGAAGGGCAUGACGUGGGAGGUGUAUGGCGCCUCCAUGGAAGUGGAAGUGUUGGGCAUGGCCAUCCAGAAGCAUUUGGAGCGCCAGAUCGAGGAACACGGCCGCCAAGGGGCGCCUGCGCCUCUGCCCGCCACGCGCGCAGGUCCGGGUCGCGUGGGCUCGGUGCGCGCCGCGCCCCCGGAGGGUGCUGCCAAACGCCCGCCCGGCCUCUUCCGCGCGCUGCUGCAGAGUGUGCGCCGGCCGCGGUGCUGCUCGCGGGCGGGACCCACGGCUGAAUGAGCUGUCUCCCUUCUGUACACCUGGGUCGUGAACUGUCUCAGGCUCCCUUCUAAAUUCCAGGCCCCUAGAAGGGGUCUUCUCGGUUUGCGACAGAACUCUGAGGGGUGGGCAGCCUCUAGGGGCUUCUCCUCCCCUUCUUUCCCAAACACACAGAUGAACCCCCCUCUACCCAGUCCCUUGGUGGUCAUGAGCUCAUAAACCCAGCCCUUGUUACCCCUCUGUGCCCUCACAGCUACUCUCUCUGUCACACUGGGAGAGGUGGGGACCUGCUAGGCACCCCUACUUCCCUCCCCCGAGAGCUGAGGCAGGCUCCUGAGAUGGUCAGCCUGGAGUGUUGAGGACUCCAGGGGGCUGCAAUCCGUAGAGCUGGGAAAGACUGCAUGCAAAUCUGUAAGUGAACCUCCAUGUGUGCAAGGACUGGUGUGCAAGGCCCUAAGUGUGCUUAGCUGAGAAUGUGAGGCCCUGGCGGCCGUGAGUUCCUGAACCGUGAAUGUGAAUGCAUCUCCACACAGUGUGACAACCCCAUGGGCAGGCGUCUCUUGCAUGUUGUGGAUGGUCCUUCCCCAAAUCCCCUCUCCCAUCCACCUGGCCCUGUGCCCCAGCCCUGUCUCCUCUCUGACACCUCCCUCCCCACCUUUUACCUCCCCACCCUCUCACUGGUUCACAAUUCCCACAGGGGGCAAAGGCCAAGAAGCACCCUGGGGCCUCAGCUGAGGGACAGGCAGGAAGGACAGAAGAUCUAAGACAGGAGUGGAGGCCACAGUGAGGCUCAUACAUGAUCUCUGGCCACCACAGCCUGGGUUGAUAGCUAGUCUUGGCUAUUGGGGACAGGAUGGAGUGCUCAUUCUACAACACAGUUGUCCUUGAAACAUCAUCCUCUUCAGCUCCUUGUCCCCUCCGUGAAGUGAGCCCCUACAAGUCCCUUGUGACCACUCAGUACCCUUGUCCCCACCCCUCGAGCCUUGGUUUUUUGGCUACAACUGUCAUGGUAUACAUUGGUAAUAAAAUCUUUCCCCAAC